AUGGAGCCGGUCCCAUCUCACCAAGACUCAAGCCCGAGCUCCCCAAGCCCGACCUUAGAUCGAUCGUUUUUGCAAACGUUCACCAUUCUCACUGCUUUAUGCGCAGGAGUAUUUGUGGCUGCGCUUGACGUCACGAUUAUAACGACAGCCUUGCCGUCGAUCUCCGCACAUUUUGAGUCUAGUUCCGCCUACACAUGGAUUGGCAGUUCCUACAUUCUGGCCAACACGGCCACCGUACCCGCCUGGGGUAAACUUUCGGAUAUAUGGGGCCGAAAACCGUUGCUUCUAGUUGCGACGGUAAUUUUUUUCGGCGGGAGUUUGAUCUGCGCAGCCGGCAAUACGAUCGCACUAUUCCUGUUUGGUCGGGCCGUGCAGGGGCUAGGAGCGGCUGGGCUGAUCACCCUCGUGAAUAUUUGUGUCAGUGAUUUGUUCUCUCUCAGAGAUCGCGGUCUAUAUUUUGGCCUCAUUUCUGUCGUAUGGGCCCUUGCCAGUGGAGUAGGUCCAGUCCUCGGUGGGGUGUUUACUGAAAAAGCAAGUUGGCGCUGGUGUUUUUGGAUCAAUCUCCCAAUCACUGGACUAGUGUUCUUGUUAUUAUGGUUUACUCUCAAGCUUGAGACACCCGAUACCCCGAUAUGGAGUGGCCUGAAAGCUGUCGACUGGACGGGAUGUUUAUUCGUCAUCGGUAGCACCAUUAUGCUCUUGUUGGGUCUCGAUUUUGGGGGUGUCACGCAUCCUUGGAACUCCGCCACGGUAAUAUGUCUCAUCGUCUUUGCCGGUGUGGUCCUGGGUCUGUUCGUUGUCAACGAAUGGAAACUGGUGAAGUACCCCGUCAUUCCUCUAGUCCUGUUUCAUCAUCGCUCCGGCAUCGCUUCCUUCCUGGUCUGCUUCUGCCAUGGCUACAUCUUUAUGGGCGAAGCCUAUUAUCUCCCCCUAUACUUCCAAGCGGUCCUCGGCUCUAGUCCGAUUAUGUCCGGGGUUUACAUUCUUCCGUUUGUCCUAGCUCUCACCGUCUCAGCUGCAUUGACUGGACUCUUCAUCCAAAGGACCGGAGUCUAUGUCCCAGCGAUGUGGUUGGGGCUAGCCACUAUGACGUUGGGGGUAGGUUUGCUGAUUAAUCUCGAGGCUACCGCCAACUGGGGUAAAAUCAUGGGUUUCCAGGUCAUUGCCGGAAUCGGCAUCGGCUUGAAUUUUGAGGGCCCACUGUUGGCUCUUCAAGCAAUUGUGGGGGCGGAAAAUACAGCAACUGCCACUGCGACCAUUGGAUUCGUACGGACCUUGUCCACCGCGAUCUCGGUCGUCAUCGGAACUGUCGUGUUCCAGAAUCAGAUGGCAAGAAAAGGACCCCAAUUGGUUUCCGCUCUGGGCGAGCAACUAGCAAGUCAAGUCUCUGGGGGCGCAAUGGCCAAUAUCGAGAUCAUCGGUACACUCCCCCUGGAUCAAAAGCUCGUGGCACGACAGGCCAUUUACGAGUCAUUGAAAACGGUCUGGAUUAUGUAUGUUGCAUUUGCAGCUGUGGGGCUAGUAGCAGGGGUAUUUGUUGAGGGCCAUCAUCUUGACACGGAGCAUAAGGCACCAGUGCUCGGUUUACGGGAUAACGAUGAACAUUGA